AUGUUACACAGAACGCUAAGGCUCCGCUUUCAGGUUUUGGUCAAGCCAAGUUUGAGAUAUCUCUCUUCCGCAGACCCUCCUAAAGGAGAUUCUAAAUAUAGAGCGAUGAGUCCUACAAUGGCUCAAUCUUUCGGCAAGCAAUUCACUGAUGAGGAAAUUGAGAAAUAUAUUGAUCCCAGAGGGUUUACGAAGGAAAUCGAUAUGGAAAAUUAUGAGGAGGUUGAACCAAACCAAAAAGAUGGCAAUACAGAGAAGAAAGAUGAGAAUAAUGCGGAAGGAUACAAGUUCAAGCAUAAUUACAAGUAUAAGGAAUAUGGGUUCAAGCACAAGGGCCCUGAACCUACAAGACAUGGAGAUUGGGAAAUCAAAGGAAGAUGCUCAGAUUUUUAA